AUGUGGGAUGUGGUUGAUCUUGGCCUGGUAUCAUUGGUUGUUAUAAUUGUGAGCCACUGGUUCUAUACAUGGCGAAACCCCAAAUGCAAAGGCAAGCUUCCACCUGGUUCAAUGGGUAUCCCCAUCAUUGGAGAGACCAUCCAGUACUUUAUACCCAAUCCCCCAAAAGCACCCUAUGACCUCCAACCAUUUUUCAAAAACAGAAUGGCAAGAUAUGCAACGUUGUUUCGUACUAGCUUAGUUGGACGGAAGGUGAUAGUAUCGACUGAUGCUGAUAUCAAUUACCAUAUCCUCCAUGAAGAAGAGAAAUCUUUUAUUCAAUGUUACACAGAGAGUUUUGUGGAGAUUGCUGGGCAUGAUUCUUUUCUGGAGCAACAUGGAACCAUUCACAAGUACCUUAAGAAUUUAGUUCUGCGCAUCGUUAGCCCUGAAAACUUGAAGCAAACUCUGUUAUCGGAAUUGGAUCAAGCUAUUUCCACUCGUAUGCGUUUAUGGGCUACUCAAGACAUUGUAGAUUUGAAAAUAGAAUCUUCAAAUCUGCUUUUCGAAUACUUUGGAAAGAAGAUCAUCGGUUAUGAUGAAUCGAAAGAUUCAAAGAAACUCAAACAGAACUACAAUGCGUUUCUGGAUGGACUUGUAUCAUUCCCAAUAAACAUCCCAGGAACUGCUUAUCAUGCAUGUUUAAAGGAGGAGCAUGAGAAGAUUAUUAACGAUCGUUCCAACAAGGAUUCUGGGAUUACAUGGCAUGAAUUCAAAUCCAUGAAUUUUACACAUAUGGUUAUAAAUGAAACAAUUAGGCUUGCAAAUCUUGUCCCAGGAGCCUUUAGAAAAGCUCUAAUGGAUGUUGAAAUUAACGGAUAUACAAUUCCCAAAGAUUGGCUAGUUAUGGUGGUUCCAUCAGCUCUUCAUUUGAAUCCUGAAAAUUACAAUGAGCCAAACAAAUUUAAUCCAUGGCGGUGGAAGGGAAAGAAAUUACAUGUAGGGUCCAAGAAAUUCAUGCCCUUUGGCUGUGGUAUAAAACUGUGUGUUGGAGCUGACUAUGUAAAGCUUCAAGUGGCCAUCACUCUUCAUUAUUUAGUCUCAAAUUAUAGGUGGACAAUAGUUAAAGGAGGAAAUAUCAUUAGGAAACCGGCUGUGGUGUUUCCUGAUGGAUUACACAUCAAAAUCUCAGAGAAGAACGAGUAA